AUGGACAACCAUGGAGGCGUAAUGGACUGCCACAAUACCUUCUCAUCAACAACACUGGACCAAGUUGCACGCUACAUCAUCGCCGGCGCCGGGUCUCCGCCCGGCAUUAUCGUUCUCGCCGGAGCCGGCAUCAGCACCUCGGCGGGGAUCCCAGACUUCCGCUCGCCCAAGACCGGACUGUACGAUAAUCUCGCCCGCUUUAGCCUUGAAAGCCCGACCGACGUCUUUGACAUCAACUUCUUCCGCACAAACCCGCAGCCAUUUUACUCCCUGGCCCCGGAGCUCUACCCUGGCCGGUAUGCACCCACCAUCUCACACGCAUUCGUGGCUCUGCUAGCCCGCAAGGGACUCCUUGCCAUGCUAUUCACGCAGAACAUUGACGGCCUCGAAAAGGCCGCCGGUGUGCCGCCGGACCUGGUCGUCGAGGCCCACGGCAGCUUCGACUCGCAGCGCUGCGUCGACUGCGCGCAAGAGUUCCCCGCCGCGGACAUGCGCGUCCACGUUGCUGCGUCCAGGGUUCCGCGUUGUGGAAAGUGCGGCGGUCUGGUCAAGCCAGAUAUUGUCUUUUUUGGCGAGCAGCUGCCGGAAAGGUUCUUUCGCGCAAGGGAGGCGCAUCUGCCUGACCUGGAAGGUGUACCGAUCCCCGAGGUAUUGGGUGGUCCAAGGGCCCGGCAGGUGGUCAUCGUCAUGGGCACGAGCCUGAGCGUGCCGCCGUUUUGUGAGCUGCCGGUCCGGGCAGCGGAUGGCGUGCCGAGAGUUUUGUUCAACCGGGAGGUGGUGGGAGAUUUCGGGGAGAGGGCAGACGAUGUUGUCGAGCUUGGAGACUGCGAUUCUGGGGUCAGGAAGUUGGCAGAGAUGCUAGGGUGGGGGGAGGAGUUGGAAGUCGAGUGGCGGAGGGUGGUUGGCAAUGAGGAGGCAGAGAGGCAGCUGGUGCGGGCCGCUGCCGCUGCCGCUCCUCAUCCUACCUUGGUGAUGGACAAUGGAUUGUCGGAAGACAGCUCUGACUCGUCAGAUUCCGCCUCUGAUGAUGAGGACGACUUAAUGAGUGAUGGCGAUAAUGGGGAUCAUGAGGUCAACGAUUUUAGCAGCUCAUCGCUUGGUGCUGUCUCCACACCGCUGACUCUGGACAGCGUAUAUCAAAACCCCAUUCAGGACCAGAUGGUUCAUGUUUCUUCCAGUUUACCAUCAGUCUCGUUGGCGGCGGACCUUUCCUGCCUUGUACCGCCACCGGUCCAAGGGGAUUUUGUCGGCUCACUUGAUCAUCAUCACAACUUUCUCGUCGAUCCAAUUGAGAUAGGGCAAGGAGAACCAACCGACUUUUUGGGCCAAAACCAGGCGAUGCUAGAUCUCGUCCCAAUACGACACGAGUUUGCAGAGAUUGGUUCAGCUGACGGAGUCUCGAUAAACCAGAAGUCGGAGCAUGUUGUCAGAAACCCUGAUAUUGACGAUUCCAACAGCACCUCAAACCAAAUUCCCAGGACCACCAGGACGUUCCAGUUUACCGAGUCGCGGGGCCAGACUGAGGGUAAUGUCAGUCCUGACCCAAUUAGCAUGUUCACCUGGCAUGAUGAUCCUGGUUUCUGGGAUGAAUGGCCUGGUACGGGGGACCCUUGA